AUGCUUUCUAUGCUCAUAUUGCCUUUCCGCUUCAAUCCUCUCUUCUACACCGGUAUUGAUCCAUUCACUGAAGGAGUAGUUGGCGGAAGCGUCUACAUUAACAAGAAAAGGAAAAAGGUAAGGCGAUUCUCUAACAGCUCUUCUUCCAUGUCUAGUUAUGGAAAGCUGCCUCCGCCCACGCUUCUUCAGCUCACACUUCGAGUGGUGCAUAAUCGGGAACCAGCAGCAGAGAUAGAGACAUUCACUCAGAGAAUCAAUCAGAUGGCCUUUUCAAAGCACUUUGUACCAAUGCCAUAUGAAGACAAUGAAUAUGGCGAAUCCGAGGGAAACCAAGACCCAAAUCAGACAGAGCAAGAUAAACACAGAUGCCUUCCUGCCAACAUCUUCAUUCAUGGAUCAAUGGAUUCGAACAUCGUGGUGGAUGUGGAAGAUCUAUGCAAUCGCUCUAUCUCGGGCAAGGCCGUAUUCAUGGACUACUCACUUCACUCCUGCGCUCAAAAAACGUAG